CAAAAUUCAGCACAUACUUACAUGUGGUCAUGUUCUCACGUAAUAAUUGGAAUAAUUGAACUUGAUGAUUUGAAAAUGGGUUCGCGUAGAGAAAGACUAUAAAUAAGGGAAUUGAAAGGAAAUCGUCGCCUAUUAUCGUUUUUAUUCCUAUACAGAAUACAACUAAGCGUUGCACUUGCACUCGCAAUGGAGGAUGCAAAAUUCGGUUUAAUAUUCAGAUUCAUUCGUCGUGCCCUCAGUGUUGCAGGAUGCGAUAUAUUUGAAGAAAAUUGGCGGCCAUCGGCGUGGACAUUUAUCGUCCUCUUGUUUGCAAGCAUAUUUCCUUACUUUGCAGUGGUUUUUCUGCUCAAUCAUCACGAUGACAUGUCCUAUGAACGUCUUGCUGAAAGUGUGGCGAUUUUCAUAACCUCUCUAGAUGGUAUCUAUGGAUUAUUGGAAUUCAUAGUUAAUCGUAACAAGUGGAACGAAGUGAUGAAGAACAUUCACAGUCGUCGAUUUCAAUAUAAAUCCAAAACAAUUUCUGAGUUAUUCGAUCUCUACUAUUAUAGAAAUUACCAGUUCUGCAAAGUUCUGUACUCGGCUUACAUUUCAUCUGCGGUCUCUAUCUUAUUGGCGCCAUUUGUGUUUCCUAUUCCGGAGCAAUACGAUCUUCCAGCGGCUUGUACAAUAUCGUUGAUAGAACCAGCGGAGCCGUAUUUUUAUCCGGUGAACUACAUUUUCCAGGCUAUUGUUAUAUUCUCGGUUCAACAUGUUCUGAUUGCUCAAUGUUUGUCACUUGUUACUGGAAUUAUGUCAGCAUGUUGUCAAAUACGUGCACUUAAAAUCAAAAUUGACGAGCUCAACGAACAAAUUGCUGAUCCAAACAUAAAAGCAGGUACAGUUCGUGAAUCUCUUGGCGAGAUUAUAUAUUUGCAUCAGUGUACCAAAGAGUUUAUAGUGAUAAUUCAGCGAAAGUAUGGAGUAGUUUAUCUUUCGAUGUACAUGGUGUGUGGUGGAAUCGUUUGCAUGUGUUUGAAUGUGAUUGCGCAAAAUAUUUUCACUUCGGCAACUUUGCUGACCAUGGCCGGAGUGUUUUCGGUUUUUGUGCAUUGUUUCUUUGGUAAUCUUCUGUUGAUUGAGAAUGACAGUCUACCGGAUAAGAUCUAUGCUCUCGAUUGGCACGAACUGGACAUUGCUCAACAAAAGUCUUUGAAGCUGUUGUUGGAAAAUGCUCAACCGGAUUCGUUGUUGCACGGAAUUCUUAUGCCAUUGAACAUGAGCACUUUUGUGUCGAUCAUGAAGGCGGCAUUUUCGUACUACUCCAUACUAAGCAAAAAACAAAAUUCAUAGUAUUUUUGUAUAGUAGGUAAUGCAGUAGUAAAAAUAUAAUAUUGAUAGACUUAUACAAAAUCGAAUAAAUAAUUGAGUAGUAGUUAAUCAGUCAACAUUGAAUUAAAUGGGUUUAAUCAGUUUUUACAUCGAUAAAUUUGCUUUAAUAACGAAAAUUAUAAACAAAAAACCCUAAUUGGUUAUAGCACAGUGGACCGGCUCAAAUCGGUUUUCUAUUAUUUAAAGAUUUUUUCAAAGAUUUUGUGACAAUGUAGAAAAUGAUAAUA